AUGGCAAAUGCCCUUGAAGGUGGCUUGUCGUGGAUCUCUGUACACGUCCUGGUAUCAAAGGAGUACCAUGCGAGCUUUUGGCGGGGCCCAAUAGGUGCCCCACCAGCGGUGCAGCCUCUCGCACAGCCCGCUCAGAUGGAGCGGGUUGAAGAUUCCAACCACUUCCCUGACGACUGUCUUCCUCCAGAAGACGAGUACAGUUCUCGAGAGGCCUUGUACGCAGCGAUCAACGCUUGGGCAGCACCAGAGGCUAUGCAUUCGUGA